UUGACACAUAUUUCCUCUUGUGUGUGUACCUAAUCUUAUUUCUUUUCUCUUCCUCUUUAUGCUUUGCAUCUUCCUCUCUUCAAUCAUCUUGUAAAUUACGGAGAAAGUUUAAUCUGAAUGAAAUGCACAAGCCUGGUGAUGUGGUUCUGGGUGGGCUCUUUGAGGUCCACUUCACCUCUGUCUUCCGUGAGCGGACAUUUACCUCAGAGCCACAACAGCCCAGCUGCAAAGGCUUUGACACUCUAGGGUUCAGGCAUGCCAUGACCAUGGCCUUUGCUAUUGAUGAGGUCAACAAGAACUCCAAUCUGCUACCUAAUGUGACUCUGGGAUACAGUCUUUAUGAUAACUGUGGUGCACUUGUUAUUGGAUUCAGUGGUGCAUUAUCACUGGCCAGUGGUCGAGAGGAGCAGUUUCUGCUUCAGGAGAACUGUUUAGGGACGCCACCAGUCCUGGGGAUCGUGGGAGAUCACUAUUCAACAUUUUCUAUUGCCACCUCCAAUGUGCUAGGUUUAUACAAAAUGCCCAUUGUCAGUUAUUUUGCCACUUGUUCUUGCCUGAGUGAUCGGCAACGUUUUCCAUCCUUCUUUAGAACAAUUCCAAGUGAUGCAUUUCAGGUGCGUGCUAUGAUUCAGAUUCUAAAACACUUUGGAUGGACUUGGGUGGGCCUUCUGGUCAGUGACGAUGACUAUGGACUCCAUGUUGCCCAAUCCUUCCAAUCUGACCUGGUUCAGUCUGGUGGAGGUUGUCUGGCCUACUUAGAGGUUUUGCCCUGGGACAGUGACCCAAGUGAACUCAGGAAGAUUGUACAUUUGAUAAAGACAUCAGCAGCUCGUGUGGUCAUGGUAUUUGCACACGAGAUCCACAUGAUUCAACUAAUGGAAGAGGUGGUGAGGCAGAAUGUGACCGGCCGGCAGUGGAUUGCAAGUGAAGCCUUGACAACAGCUGCUGUGCUCCAAACACCCCGCCUCAAGCCGUACCUGAGCGGAACACUGGGCAUUGCAAUCCGUCGAGGAGAAAUACCCGGGCUCAGGGAAUUCCUCUUACGAAUACGUCCUGACCAAAAUGACAAUGACAACUAUGGAAAUAGCAUGGUGAGACAAUUUUGGGAAUACACAUUUCAGUGUAAAUUUAAUCCAACAGGUUGGGUGGAAGCUGGGGGAGCAUUAUGCACUGGACAGGAAGAUCUAGAGAAUGUGAAGACUGAGUUUUUGGAUCUUUCUAACCUCAGGCCUGAGUACAAUGUUUACAAGGCUGUCUAUGCUCUGGCGUAUGCCCUUGAUGACAUGCUGCAGUGCAAGCCAGGGAGAGGGCCUUUCAGUGGGCACAGCUGUGCCACUUUGCAAAGACUGGAGCCAUGGCAGCUUGUACAUUAUUUGCAAAAGGUCAACUUCACCACUUCAUUUGGUGAUCAAGUGUCAUUUGAUGAAAAUGGUGAUGCCCUACCAAUCUAUGAUAUCAUGAACUGGCUGUGGCUCCCUGAUGGAAGAACUAAACUUCAGAAUGUGGGUGAGGUUAAGAGGUCACCCUUCAAAGGUGAAGAACUCACAAUUGAUGAAGACAAAAUCUUCUGGAACUUUGACUCCAAACAGCCACCUCAGUCAUUGUGCAGCGAGAACUGUCCUCCAGGUACCCGCAUGGCCAGAAAGAAAGGGGAACCUGUGUGCUGUUUUGACUGCAUCCCUUGUUCUGAAGGAAAGAUCAGCAAUAAGACUGACUCCAUGGAAUGCACCAGUUGUCCAGAGGACUUCUGGUCCAGCCACCAGCGUGACCACUGUGUUCCUAAGAAAACAGAGUUUCUUUCCUACCAUGAACCUCUGGGUAUCUGUUUGACCACCACCUCAUUGCUGGGCACAUUUAUCUGUGCUGUUGUCCUGGGCAUCUUCACCUAUCAUCGCCGUACACCCAUGGGACAGUUCCAUCUAAAUGGGAUGCACAAGGCUGGAGAUGUGGUUCUAGGUGGGCUGUUUGAGAUCCACUUCUUUUCUGUCUUUCCUGACCUGUCUUUUACUUCAGAGCCACAACAGCCUACCUGCAAUGGUUUUGAUGUUCUAGGAUUCAGGCAGGCACAGACCAUGGCCUUUGCUAUUGAUGAGAUCAACAGAAACUCCAACCUGCUACCUAAUGUGACUCUGGGAUACAGUCUUUAUGAUAACUGCGUCAAACUAGGAAUUGGAUUCCGUGCAGCGUUGUCCUUAGUCAGUGGUCAAGAGGAGCAGUUUAUAUUAGACGAGACCUGUGUAGGAACCCCCCCAGUCCUAGGGAUUGUGGGUGAUUCUUCAUCUACACGUUCUAUUGCCAUCUCCUCUGUCUUAGGUUUGUACAGAGUACCUAUGGUGAGUUAUUUUGCCACAUGUUCCUGCCUGAGUGACCGGCAAAAGUUUCCAUCCUUCUUUAGGACGAUCCCAAGUGAUGCUUUCCAGGUGCGUGCUAUGAUUCAGAUUCUAAACCGCUUUGGCUGGACUUGGGCAGGUCUGCUGGUCAGUGAUGAUGAUUAUGGACUCCACGCUGCCAGAUCCUUUCAAUCUGACUUUAUUCAGUCUGGUGGAGGUUGUCUGGCCUAUUUUGAGGUUUUGCCCUGGGGCAAUGACCCAGCUGAACUAAGGAGGAUUGUGGAUGUGAUGAAGAAAUCAACAGCUCGUGUUGUCAUUGUGUUUGCACAUGAAAGUCACAUGAUCAAUCUCAUUGAAGAGGUGGUGAGGCAGAAUGUGACAGGCCUGCAGUGGAUGGCCAGUGAAGCCUGGAUAGCAGCUACUGUGCUCCAGACCCCCCACCUCAUGCCUUACCUGGGUGGGACAAUGGGCAUCGCCAUCCGUCGAGGAGAAAUAGCAGGGCUCAGGGAAUUCCUCUCACGAAUACGUCCUGACCUACACCACAACAACAAUGUCUAUGGAAAUAGCAUGAUUAAUCAGUUUUGGGAGUACACAUUUCAGUGUAGAUUUGCACCACUUCCAGCAGGUUGGUUGGAAGCUGGGGGAGCACUAUGCACUGGACAGGAAGAUCUAGAGAAUGUGGAGACUGAGUUCUUGGACAUUUCAAAUCUCAGGCCGGAGUACAAUGUGUACAAGGCUGUCUAUGCUCUGGCGUAUGCCCUUGAUGAAAUGCUGCAGUGUGAGCCAGGGAGAGGGCCUUUCAGUGGGCACAGCUGUGCCACUUUGCAAAGACUGGAGCCAUGGCAGCUUAUGUAUUACAUGGAAAAGGUCAACUUCACCACACCAUUUGGUGAUCAAGUGUCAUUUGAUGAGAAUGGUGAUGCCCUACCAAUCUAUGAUAUCAUGAACUGGCUGCGGCUCCCUGAUGGAAGAACUAAACUUCAGAAUGUGGGUGAGGUUAAGAGGUCGGCCUUCAAAGGUGAAGAACUUACAAUUGAUGAAGACAAAAUCUUCUGGAACUUUGAAUCAAAAAAGCCACCCCAGUCAGUGUGCAGUGAGAGCUGUCCUCCAGGUACCCGCAUGGCCAGAAAGAAAGGGGAACCUGUAUGCUGUUUUGACUGCAUCCCUUGUUCUGAGGGAAAGAUCAGCAAUAAGACUGACUCCAUGGAGUGCAUCAGUUGUCCAGAGGACUUCUGGUCCAGCCACCAGCGUGACCACUGUGUUCCUAAGAAAACGGAGUUCCUCUCCUACCAUGAACCUCUGGGUAUCUGCUUGACAGCCACCUCAUUGCUGGGCACAUUUAUCUGUGCUGUUGUCCUGGGGAUCUUUAUCUAUCAUCGAAGAACACCUAUAGUACGCGCCAACAAUUCAGAACUGAGUUUCCAGCUCUUGGUGUCACUUAAACUAUGUUUCCUCUGCUCACUGCUGUUCAUCGGCCGCCCCAGGCUGUGGACAUGCCAGCUGAGACAUGCAGCAUUUGGGAUCAGCUUUGUGCUUUGUGUCUCAUGCAUCCUGGUGAAAACCAUGGUGGUUCUGGCUGUUUUCAAGGCCUCCAAGCCAGGAGGUGGAGCCAGUCUGAAGUGGUUUGGUGCUGUGCAGCAGAGAGGGACAGUUAUUGUUCUUACUUCUAUUCAGGCAGCAAUCUGCACUGCCUGGCUUGUCUCUUCCUCACCAUCUCCUCAUAAAAACACUCAAUACCACAGUGACAAGAUAGUUUAUGAGUGUGUAGUCGGGUCCACAGUUGGUUUUGCAGUGUUACUGGGCUACAUUGGUUUACUGGCUAUCCUCAGUUUUCUGAUUGCAUUUAUAGCAAGGAAUCUUCCAGAUAGUUUCAAUGAGGCCAAACUCAUUACUUUCAGCAUGCUGAUCUUCUGUGCUGUGUGGGUGGCCUUUGUUCCUGCUUAUAUCAGCUCACCAGGCAAAUAUGCAGAUGCAGUGGAGGUAUUUGCCAUCCUGGCCUCCAGUUUUGGUCUCUUGGUGUCACUAUUUGGACCCAAAUGUUACAUAAUCCUGCUAAGACCAGAGAAGAACACAAAGAAAGCAAUCAUGGGUCGGGGCAUCGAGUCAUAAAAACUACCCUUAAAUUUCAUAGGAUAGAAGGAAUCCUUAUUCUCUACACAAUACAAAAAUACAGGCUGUAGGUAAUAGGUUAAUAAUAAUAACAAUAUUAUGAUAUUGAGAAAGCAGGGCUGAUGCCAAAUAAAUGUAUUUGAAUAUGAAAUCUCUUGCUACUUGGAUCAUAUGUUUGUGAAUACUUAAACACAACAGGUAAUUCUCUUUUUUCCAGGAUGUAGUUAAAGUACAAAGCACUUGCACUUCAAAUACUUGUGACUUUUCAUGGUUUAAGUUAAUCUAACACCUGAUUAAACUAUAAGUUACUCUCUCCAAAUAAAUUAUGCAGAUAAUUUGGGUUCAUCUGACAUUUUUGUAUGCAUUUAUUUUUGACCUGUCUGGAGCUGAUGUGGACUUAAAGAUACACUUACCAGUUUUUAUAUUGCCCCCAUAUAUAAAUAGCUCCUCUCAACUCAUGGGUUUCCAAACAUCAAAUAUGGUUACCUCAGUAUUAUGUUACUUUAUAUUUUAUUGUAUAUUGUAUAUAUUUUAUUCUUAUUUUUCAGCUGCAGCACUAUUUUAUGUCUUAGAUUCUAAUUAGAUUUUGUUCCACUUACGUGAUUUUUCUUUAUACAUUUUUUUAUAUAUAUCUGUAAGUGCACAGUUGGGAGCCUGAGAUCUGAGAAUUUUAUUGUCAGUGACUGAUUCACUGUAAUUGUUGUGUACAUGAUAAUGAAAGAACUUCAACUGGAACUUGAACACUAAUUGUACAUGUGUGUGCGUGUAUUUGUGUUGACAUGCAUAUGAAUAUUCGACAAACACUCUAAAGUGAAGAUCUAUAACACUGCAAAUUGGAUAGACAAAGGUCUAAUGGGAUAACCUGUCUUGCACAUGUUUCUGCAGAACUGAUCAUAUCUAUCUACCAAGUUACAAUGGGUGCCAGCCAGAUACAAUAGCCCUCCAUCUAACAGGCACAUUGCAAUGAAAAAUAGAUGCAAAGACAUAUUAUUAAACCAAAUGUCUUAGUAUGCUGCUACCAUCUAGUGGACAUUUUAUCAACCUCUGUUAAUGUUUGAUAGUGAAUACCACGUACUCAGGGCUGAUUUGUGCAUUUGGUGAGUUUAAUUUGGUAUGGUUGUCACACACAAAUUUGGGAAAUACUCAGUGGCUCUUCUGAUGCAUAUAUGUAUCUGCUCAGGUUUUAAACUGCAGAGUGAUACGAAAGAAAACAUGUAUUUUACAACAAGGCAAGUAGAUG